AUGGACUCCUUCGAGGCGAGAGUCUAUCUAACCAAACAGCUGAGCUCGCUCACGCCAUCGAAACAGGCUGCUCAGCAGUGCGCCAAGUUUUUGCUAAAACACAAGGAACUUCAAGACGAUCUUUAUUCUGUUAUUUUGGAGAGUCUCGACGCCGCAGACCUCAAUAUUCGCAUCAACAUCUUCCAAUUCCUUGAGGAAUUGAUUCUAUACUGCCAGCAUGACUCACAGAAACCAUAUAUUUCCUCAAUUAUCAAGGAUAUGAAACUUAUUCUUACCAAAAUUCUCCCGCCAAAGCCUGAUACUGUGUCCUGCGAGACCAGAUUGCUAACCAAUCUCCAUGCUGCUUACACGAUCUUGGUAAACAUCUCAAAAUCAUGCAAGUUCAAGAAUAUCAAAGAAUACAAGACAAAGUACAGCUCUAACCUGCUCACUGAUAUGGACAGGAAUAGGAUCGAGCUUCAGCUCCAAUUCGACGAAACACCCUUAUACACAGAAAAAGAGCUUCCGGAGUCUAUCGAUAGCCAGCUAGAUUGUGCGUGGGAGUUCCUGUUGGAGAAAAGACGCCAGUCUCACAGCUUCUUGCUCGAAUCGAGGCCGAUCGAGAACGACAGAAACGUGGCAAAGAGAACCUUUGGCAAAUCAACAGGGAAAAUGGAUCGAAAACUGAAUUCGAUCUCGUUUACGAUACUUUCCACCAGUUUGACAUUAUUGAAGAUAAACCCCUUAUAG